CGAGGUAGUAGUGUAGCUCGAGAGAGUCUCUCGGGAGGCUGGAUUAGCCACAAGUUGUGGUGAACCAAGGUAAAAUCGGUGUGUCUCUUACUCUUUUCUUUACUUUUCAUUUAUUCAUUUUUUAUUCCUGCGAUUUUUGAUCAAACGCUAUUCACCCCCCCUCUAGCGUUAGUCUCUUAUUCUAACAAUUGGUAUCGGAGCCUAACUCGCGUCCAAACUUAACCGUCUGAGAGUAAAGCGAUCAUGGGCUCUACUUCUAGAAAUCUCUAUGCAGGAAUUGGAGAAGGUCAAUUAACUUCUAGGCCACCACUCUUUGAUGGCACCAACUACUCUUAUUGGAAGGAACGGAUGAGAAUCUACAUUCAUUCCACCAACUUCCAAUUGUGGUUGAUGAUAAAAAAUGGCGAGGAAAUCCCUAUGAAGAAAGUGGGAGAAACCACGGUCCCAAAGACCGAAAACGAAUUUGAUGCCGAGGACAUCAAGAAGAUUGAAAACUAUGCAAAGGCCAUCAAUAUGCUAUAUUGCGCGGUCAACCCCGAUAACUACCGAAAGAUCUCCUGUUGCACAACCGCCAAGGAGAUGUGGGACAAGCUUGAAGUGACGUACGAAGGUACCGAUCAAGUUCGCGAAGCCAAGAUCGAUUUUCUCACCCAAGAGUACGAAAUGUUUCGGAUGAAAGAAGGUGAGAAAAUUGAUGACAUGUUCGACCGUUUUUCAAAGAUCAUCAACGACCUUCAUGCUCUCAAAAAGACUUACACCAACAAGGAUCUCGUGAGGAAAAUCCUGCGAAGCCUCACACCCGAAUGGAGGUCAAAAGCCGAUUCAAUCUAUGAAUCCAUUGGAGUCUCCAACGUCACCAUCGACGGGCUAAGAGGUAACCUUAAAACCUAUGAAUCUACUAUUCUAACCCCGUCUUUGGAUGAACAAAAGAAAAAGGGGAUAGCUCUCAAAGCCACCAAGGAACCGGUGGAAGAGGCUUCAAGCGAUGACGACAAUAAAUUUGGGCUCGUCAUCAAGAAGUUCCACAAGUUCAUGAAGAAGGAAUUUGAGCGGAAGGGAAGGAAGCACGGCGGUCCUCCCAAGUGCUACGGCUGUGGUGAGAUUGGACACAUCAAGCCAAGGUGUCCAAAGGCCAAACACGGCAGGGAUAAGCCUGGCUUCAAGAAGCAAAGGGCCUACAUCUCUUGGGGUGGCGAUUCCGGCGACGAAUCAACCGACCAAGAGGAGGACGAAACUGCAAAUCUCCGCCUCAUGGCGCACAAAGAUCAAAGCGACGACGUCCAAGAGGUAUAUAAGAACAGGGCAGGAGCUUCCGGCAAAUCCAAGGCCAAAUCCCAGGCGCCUACGACAUCCACCGAGGAACGCCUCUACUAUGGUAACGGGUCAUACCUUUGGUUUGAUUCCGAGGAGGAACGCACCCGUUUCCUCACUUUCUUCUCUAAACGGGUUGUGGCUCCUCCACGGAUCAUCCCGGAGCACUACCCGGAGCUGCAGGGCUACGACGACCUCGACGCGCACCUUUAUCAGGCCGGCCUUUGGCCCUUCGUGUUAGUCGAGGACUGGGUGCUCAACAACGAGGGCCUUAUCCUCAACGAGCUUGGCAUCACCGAGCUCAUCCGCCAUGCCUCGGGCCGCCCCACCAUCCACUCCGCUAACCCCGAUGGCCGUCUUCUUCUCUACAUCGUCUCCCGGAUCAUCAAACCCAGGAAGCACGGCCACACCAUCAUGUCCGGUGAAGAUCUCAAGCUCAUCCAUGCGAUCAUGCACUCGGCCCCAAUCAAUUGGGCAAAGUUUGUCAUGAUCAACAUGACAAUUGCCGCGUCCACCGACCACGACCACCUCCUCCCGUACCCGUUCGUGGUGAUGGACAUCCUUGAACGGUUCAAGGUGACCACCACCGUUGGCCCACUCACAAAGGCCACGAAGAUUUGGGCGGUCAGCACCCAAACCUUCAAGAAGCGGUCGGACAACGCCGGACCUGCCACUUCCGUGCAACGGCGCCGUUCUGCUGCUGGCCCAGCCGAAGCCCAGGCCCGGGCCAACCUUGCCUCCAUCGCCAACUCCCUCAACCGGCUUCACUUCAAAGUUGACGGGAUGGAUGGCUACCUUGAGCGGCUCAACGAGGCUGUUCAACGCCAAGGGCACGCCAUGAACGCAUACUUCCAACGCAUUAACUACGUCCCCCCACCGUACCAUGGCACGUUCUUUGGGCAAGUGUACGGUGACGAGGACGAAGAGGAUGGCUCCUACGCCCCGUCAAGCUCCCCGGACGAGGACGAGUUUGACGAUGCCGUUGACGGUGAUGAGAUGGACGUUGACGACGACGAGGAGGAAACCGAAGACGAAGACUAGGCCGCCCCUAGAAUUUCUAUCUCUUUUAUUUUAAUUAUCAUGUCUCUUAAUGCUUCCGUUGUACUCCGCUAUUUCCCAUCUUCAAUAAAUAAAAGUUAUCUUUUAUCUUUUUGUUAAUGUCAAAAGGGGGAAGAAAAGGGCUAUGCAUAU